AGAGAGGGAGAGAGAGCGCGAGAGAGCGAGAGCGAGAGCGAGAGCAUGGCGGCUCACAAGCCGGUGGAAUGGGUCCAAGCCGUCAUAAGUCGCUUCGACGAGCAGCUUCCAAUUAAAGGUGGGCAGCAGAACACACACUCCAAAGUUAGUACAGAACACAACAAGGAAUGUCUCAUCAAUAUUUCCAAGUACAAGUUUUCCUUGGUCAUAAGUGGUCUCACUACCAUCUUGAAAAAUGUAAAUAACAUGCGAAUAUUUGGAGCAGAUGCGGAGAGGAAUUUGUACCUUUCACAGCUGAUAAUAUUGGACACCUUGGAGAAAUGUCUUGCAGGGCAACCCAAGGACACGAUGCGGCUUGACGAGACAAUGCUAGUAAAACAACUACUGCCAGAGAUUUGUCAAUUUAUCCACAUGUCCCGUGAAGGAAACCAACUGGUAGCGCAACUCCGAAACUCUGCCUCUGGGGUGCUCUUCUCCCUGAGCUGCAAUAACUUCAACGCUGUCUUCAGCCGAGUGUCCACCAGGUUGCAAGAGCUUGCAUUGUGUUCAGAAGACAGCACGGACGUCAAUGAUAUCGAGCUAAUACAGCACAUUAAUGUAGACUGUUCAAGACUCAAACGAUUGCUCCAAGAGACUGUCUUUAAAUUCAAAACACUGAAGAAGGCAGCUCAGCUUGCAGUCAUAAACAGUCUUGAAAAGGCAUUUUGGAAUUGGGUUGAAAAUUACCCGGAUGAAUUUACUGUGCUGUACCAGAUUCAUCAGCCUGAUUUAGCAGAUUGCUCUGAGAAGCUAUUUGACCUGGUGGAUAGCUUUGCAGAAAGUGCCAAGCGGAAGGCAGCAGUGUGGCCUUUGCAGAUCAUCCUCCUCAUCCUCUCUCCUGACAUCCUUCAGGAUAUCUCUAAGGAAGUAGUUGAGGACAGCAAAAUGAAUAAGAAGUUGUUUCUGGAUAACUUAAAGAGAGCACUUGCUGGUCACAGUGGAAGUCGACAGCUAACUGAGAGUGCUGCUAUAGCCUGUGUUAAACUGUGCAAGGCUUCCACCUACAUCAGCUGGGAGGACAACUCUGUUAUCUGCUUCCAAGUUCAGUCCAUGGUGGUGGACCUUAAGGCUCUGUUAUUUAAUCCUACCAAGCCAUUCUCCAGAGGUGCUGGCAGCCAGAGUGCAGAUGUGGAUCUUAUGAUUGACUGUUUUGUUUCCUGUUUUCGUAUCAACCCACACAACAACAAUCACUUUAAGGUCUGUCUGGCAUCAUCUUCCCCACCCACCUUUCACAAUGUACUGGUUAAUUCAUUGCAAAGAAUAAUUACAAAUUCUGCGGUGGACUGGUGGCCGAAGAUCGAUGCUGUGUACUGUUACUCAGGGGAACUCCGAAGCAUGUUCACAGAAACUCUGAACCGCGUGAUGCAAAGCUGCAGCGCACAUGCUCCCCUGCGAAUGACACAGAGUCUUACAUUCAAGGAGAAAAUGACGAGCCUUAAAUUUAAAGAAAAACCAACAGAUUCUGAAACCCGAAGUUACAAAUACCUGUUGUUGGCUAUUGUGAAAUUAAUCCAUGGAGACCCCAAGCUCAUGUUGCAUAAUCCAGGGAAGCCAGGACAUGAAAUUCAGAGCAGCACUGUUGAGUUGAUAAUUGGGUUAGUGCAGCUUGUUCCACAGACCAGCAUGCCUGAGAUUGGGCAGGAAGCCAUGGAGGCUUUGUUGGUUCUUCAUCAACCAGAAAAUAUAGAGUUAUGGAACCCAGAUGCCCCAAUUGAAACGUUCUGGGAUAUAAGCUCUCAGGUUCUAUUUUUCAUCUGUAAGAAAUUGAUCGCUCACCAGAUGCUCAACAGCACAGAGAUUCUCAAGUGGUUGCGGGAGAUUCUAAUUUGUCGGAAUAAGUUUCUGCUGAAGAACAAGGAGAGCGCCACUCUCGGCAGUGGAAUCCCUAUCUGUCGUCAAGCACAGACAAAACUGGAAGUAGCCCUGUACAUGUUCCUAUGGAGUCCCGACAUUGAAGCAGUCCUUGUGGCCAUGUCAUGUUUUCGCCACCUCUGUGAGGAGGCUGAUAUUAGGUGUGGAGUGGAUGAUGUCGCUGUCCAGAUCAUCUUGCCAAAUUACAAUACCUUCAUGGAGUUUGCAUCAGUCAGCAACAUGAUGUCCACGGGGAGAGCAGCUCUUCAGAAAAGGGUGAUGGCAUUGCUGAGGAGAAUAGAGCAUCCAACAGCAGGCAAUACAGAGGCCUGGGAAGAUACAUAUACAAAGUGGGAACAAGCUACCAAGUUGAUUCUGAAUUAUCCUAAAACUAAAAUCGAGGAUGGGCAGGUGACGGAAAGUCUUCAUAAGACAAUUGUCAAGCGCCGAAUGUCCCAUGUAAGUGGUGGUGGCUCCAUAGACCUCACGGAUACAGAUUCUCUGCAGGAGUGGAUUAACAUGACUGGCUUCCUGUGUGCCAUAGGAGGUGUCUGUCUUCAGCAUCGCAGCAACCCAGGCUUAGCAACGUACAGCCCUCCAAUGGGGCCUGUCAGUGAAAGGAAAGGUUCCAUGAUAUCCAUGGUCUCAACUGAAGGAAAUACAGAGACUCCUGUUAGCAAGUUCCUAGAACGCCUGCUUACUCUGAUGGUAUGCAAUCAUGAAAAAGUGGGACUUCAAAUUAGGACUAACAUAAAAGACUUGGUUGGACUAGAAUUGAGCCCUGUACUUUAUCCAAUGCUCUUCAACAAGCUGAAGAAUUGCAUCAGCAGGUUUUUUGACUUGCAAGGUCAGGUUUUAUUGAAUGAUACAAACACACCAUUUGUGGAGCAGACAAUAGCGAUUAUGAAGAACCUGCUUGAUAAUCACACAGAUGGAAGCUCAGAGCAUCUAGGACAAGCUAGUAUUGAGACCAUGAUGCUCAAUCUAGUUAGGUACGUGCGAGUGCUUGGAAACACGGUUCACGCCAUCCAGAUUAAAACCAGGCUCUGUCAACUGGUGGAAGUCAUGAUGGAGAGAAGGGAUGAUCUUUCUUUCUGUCAGGAAAUGAAAUUCAGGAACAAGAUGGUGGAAUACCUGACUGACUGGGUUAUGGGAACAUCAAACCAGGCUGCUGAUGAUGAUGUGAAAUGCUUAACAAGGGACCUUGACCAGGCCAGCAUGGAAGCAGUUGUGUCAUUGCUUGCUGGAUUACCUUUGCAGCCAGAAGAGGGGGAUGGUGUGGAGUUAAUGGAAGCCAAAUCACAGCUCUUCCUCAAGUACUUUACUCUCUUCAUGAAUUUGCUAAAUGACUGCAGUGAAGUGGAGGACGAGACUGCGCAAACUGGGGGGCGAAAGCGAGGGAUGUCGCGACGCCUGGCAUCACUAAGACACUGCACGGUUCUUGCCAUGUCUAAUCUUCUUAAUGCAAAUGUAGACAGUGGGCUUAUGCACUCUAUAGGGUUGGGGUAUCAUAAAGAUCUUCAGACAAGAGCUACGUUCAUGGAAGUACUAACCAAAAUUCUUCAGCAGGGAACAGAGUUUGACACACUUGCAGAGACCGUGCUGGCUGACAGAUUUGAAAGGCUUGUGGAACUGGUGACCAUGAUGGGAGAUCAAGGAGAGUUGCCCAUUGCAAUGGCUUUAGCUCAUGUUGUUCCUUGCUCACAAUGGGACGAGCUUGCUCGUGUGCUGGUGACGUUGUUUGACUCACGUCAUCUUCUCUAUCAACUGCUGUGGAAUAUGUUCUCUAAAGAGGUGGAGCUCGCAGAUUCCAUGCAGACCCUCUUUAGAGGCAACAGCCUUGCAAGUAAAAUAAUGACGUUCUGUUUUAAGGUCUAUGGUGCUACGUAUCUGCAAAAGCUACUUGAGCCAUUGCUGAGAACAGUACUUAAGGACCCAGAAAAACAACACUUAAGUUUUGAGGUAGAUCCGACCAGGUUAGAAGCAACCGAGAGCCUGGAAGAAAAUCAACGGAACCUACUGCAAAUGACAGAGAGAUUUUUCCAUGCAAUUAUUAAUUCCUCAUCUGAGUUUCCUCCACAGUUGCGGAGUGUCUGCCAUUGUUUGUAUCAGGCUACUUGCCACUCUCUACUGACUAAAUCUGCAGUAAAAGAAAAAAAGGAAAACAUGAAAAAAUCAGUUGUCAGCCAGCGGUUUCCUCAAAACAGUAUAGGUGCCGUGGGAAGUGCCAUGUUCUUACGUUUCAUCAAUCCUGCUAUAGUGUCUCCCUACGAAGCAGGAAUCCUCGACAAGAAACCUCCGCCGAGAAUUGAACGAGGGUUGAAGCUGAUGUCCAAGAUUCUGCAAAGCAUUGCAAACCACGUCCUGUUUACGAAAGAAGAACACAUGAGGCCAUUCAACGAUUUUGUUAGAAACAACUUUGACGCGGCAAGAAGGUUCUUUCUGGACAUAGCAUCUGAUUGCCCAGCCAGCGACACGGUCAAUCACAGCCUUUCAUUUAUCAGUGAUGGGAAUGUGCUGGCUUUGCACAGGUUACUGUGGAACAAUCAGGAGAAAAUAGGGCAGUACCUCUCCAGUAACAGGGAUCACAAAGCUGUAGGCAGAAGACCGUUCGACAAGAUGGCUACAUUGUUAGCCUACCUUGGGCCUCCUGAACACAAGCCUGUCGCAGACACGCACUGGUCCAGUCUGAACCUCACCAGUUCCAAGUUUGAAGAAUUCAUGACCAGGCAUCAGGUACAUGAAAAGGAGGAGUUCAAGGCUUUAAAAACACUCAACAUUUUUUACCAGGCAGGAACAUCAAAAACUGGGAAUCCAGUGUUUUACUACAUCGCCAGAAGAUUCAAGACUGGGCAGAUAAACGGCGAUCUCCUUAUUUACCACGUCCUCCUAACUCUGAAGCCAUAUUAUGCCAAGCCAUAUGAGAUUGUUGUGGACCUCACCCAUGCAGGGCCCAGCAAUCGUUUUAAAACAGACUUCCUCUCCAAAUGGUUUGUGGUUUUUCCUGGUGUAGCCUAUGAGAAUGUGGCUGCCGUGUACAUCUAUAACUGUAACUCUUGGGUCAGAGAAUACACAAAAUAUCAUGAACGGCUUUUAACAGGACUCAAGGGCAGCAAAAAGCUGAUAUUCAUUGACUCACCGGGAAAGCUUGUGGAACACAUUGAGCCAGAUCAUCAGAAACUUCCUGCUGCCACGCUGGCUCUAGAGGAGGAUUUGAAAGUAUUUCAUAAUGCUCUAAAACUGGCCCACAAGGACACUAAAGUCUCUAUUAAGGUGGGAUCCACAGCUGUUCAGGUGACUUCAGCAGAGCGGACAAGAGUCCUCGGCCAGUCGGUGUUUCUGAAUGACAUUUACUACGCUUCAGAAAUCGAGGAGAUCUGCCUGGUGGAUGAAAACCAGUUCACACUAACCAUUGCCAAUCAAGGCACACCACUAACAUUCAUGCACCAGGAAUGCGAGGCAAUCGUGCAAUCUAUUAUCCACAUAAGGACACGAUGGGAAUUGUCGCAGCCAGACUCUAUCCCACAGCACACUAAAAUACGACCAAAGGAUGUUCCAGGAACACUGCUGAAUAUAGCACUUCUCAACCUUGGGAGCUCAGAUCCAAGCUUACGAUCUGCUGCCUAUAAUCUCUUGUGUGCCUUAACAUGUACCUUCAAUCUGAAAAUCGAAGGUCAGUUGCUGGAGACAUCUGGACUGUGCAUCCCUGCAAACAACACUCUAUUUAUUGUCUCUAUUAGUAAAACGCUGGCAGCAAAUGAGCCCCACCUGACACUAGAGUUCCUUGAGGAGUGUAUCUCAGGAUUCAGCAAAUCCAGUAUUGAACUCAAACAUCUCUGUCUGGAAUACAUGACUCCCUGGUUGUUGAACUUGGUCCGCUUUUGCAAGCACAAUGACGACGCAAAACGUCAACGGGUUACUGCCAUUUUGGAUAAGCUAAUUACGAUGACCAUCAAUGAGAAGCAGAUGUACCCUUCCAUCCAGGCAAAGAUCUGGGGCAGCCUUGGCCAGAUUACGGAUCUGCUUGAUGUGGUACUGGACAGUUUCAUCAAGACGAGUGCUACAGGUGGUUUGGGCUCCAUCAAAGCUGAGGUCAUGGCAGACACUGCAGUCGCCCUGGCAUCAGGGAAUGUGAAGCUUGUUUCGAGCAAGGUGAUUGGACGAAUGUGUAAAAUAAUAGAUAAGACCUGUCUCUCUCCGACCCCAACACUGGAACAGCACCUGAUGUGGGAUGACAUCGCUAUCCUUGCCCGUUACAUGUUGAUGCUGUCAUUCAACAAUUCACUUGAUGUGGCUGCACAUCUCCCCUACCUCUUCCAUGUAGUCACUUUAUUGGUGGCCACUGGGCCUCUGUCCCUUCGAGCUUCCACUCAUGGUCUGGUCAUCAACAUCAUUCAUUCACUUUGCACGUGUUCCCAGCUGAAUUUCAGUGAGGAAACAAAACAAGUGCUGAGGCUGAGUCUGACUGAGUUUUCAUUGCCCAAGUUUUACCUGCUGUUUGGAAUCAGUAAAGUCAAAUCAGCUGCUGUGAUCGCGUUCCGAUCUAGUUACCGGGAUCGCUCGUUCUCGCCUGGAUCCUACGAGCGGGAGACGUUUGCCCUGACGUCAUUGGAAACUGUCACUGAAGCCUUGCUGGAAAUAAUGGAGGCCUGCAUGAGGGAUAUACCCACCUGCAAGUGGCUCGACCAGUGGACUGAAUUAGCACAAAAAUUUGCAUUCCAGUACAACCCUUCUCUCCAACCACGAGCACUUGUUGUAUUCGGUUGCAUCAGUAAACGAGUGACCCACGGGCAAAUUAAACAAAUCAUUCGGAUCCUCAGUAAGGGUCUGGAGAGUUGUCUAAAAGGCCCAGACAACCACAACAGCCAGGUUUUGAUAGAAGCCACUGUCAUAGCGCUGACCAAGCUCCAACCACUGCUCAACAAGGACUCCAACAUGCACAAGGCCCUCUUUUGGGUGGCAGUUGCAGUAUUGCAGUUGGAUGAAGUCAAUCUGUACUCUGCUGGUACAGCACUGCUGGAGCAGAACCUACAUACGUUGGACAGCCUUAAGGUCUUUAAUGACAAGAGUCCAGAGGAGGUAUUUAUGGAGAUUCGGAAGCCUCUGGAGUGGCACUGUAAGCAAAUGGAUCACUUUGUCGGUCUCAAUUUCAACUCCAACUUCAACUUUGCACUAGUCGGACACUUGCUGAAAGGGUACAGACAUCCAUCUCCUACCACAGUGGCCAGAACAGUGAGAAUUUUGCACACCUUACUUGCUUUGGUGGGCAAGCACAGAAACUGUGAUAAAUUUGAAGUUAACACGCAAAGUGUGGCUUAUCUCGCUGCCUUGCUGACUGUUUCAGAGGAAGUAAGGAGUAGAUGUAGUCUGAAGCACAGAAAGUCUCUUUUGCUGUCUGAUGUUUCAAUGGAGCCCAUGGACACAUAUUCUGUACACACUGCUGAUACAAGCUCCAGAACCCUAAGAGAAAGCCAGCCAUGGGCCUCGCCCAAAGCCUCAGACAGGCAUUUAGCUGCUAAUUACCCUCCUGUGGGACAGAUUAGCCCAAGGACACGCAAGUCUAUGAGCCUGGAUAUGGGGCAGCCUUCCCAGGCGAACACCAAAAAACUGCUAGGUACCAGGAAAAGUUUUGACCACUUGAUUCCAGACAACAAAGCACCAAAGAGACAGGAGAUCGAAUCUGGCAUUACAACGCCACCGAAGAUGAGGCGAGUGGCAGAGCACCCUUUUGAAAUGGGGAACCAGAGAAUGUCCUCACAGCAGCACCCUCACCUGCGGAAGGUCUCCGUAUCUGAAUCAAAUGUGCUUCUGGAUGAAGAGGUCCUCACUGACCCGAAGAUCCAGGCUCUGCUGCUGACUGUUCUUGCAACACUGGUGAAAUACACUACAGAUGAGUUUGAUCAGCGGAUCUUGUACGAGUAUUUAGCUGAAGCGACUGUCGUCUUCCCUAAAGUCUUUCCAGUUGUGCACAAUUUACUGGACUCGAAGAUUAAUACACUGCUGUCACUGUGCCAAGAUCCUAAUCUAUUGAAUCCAAUCCAUGGGAUAGUGCAGAGUGUGGUCUACCAUGAAGAGUCACCACCCCAGUAUCAGCCUUCAUAUUUACAGAGCUUUGGAUUCAAUGGGUUGUGGAGGUUUGCGGGACCUUUUUCUAAGCAAACACAGAUCCCAGACUACGCUGAGCUGAUUGUGAAGUUUCUGGAUGCAUUAAUUGAUACAUAUUUGCCUGGAAUUGAUGAAGAAUCCACGGAGGAGUCUCUGCGCACACCAACCUCCCCCUACCCUCCCCCCGUCCAAAGCCAGCUUAGCAUUACUGCCAACCUCAACCUCUCCAAUUCCAUGACCUCACUGGCAACGACACAGCAUUCCCCAGGAAUAGACAAAGAGAACGUGGAGCUCUCGCCAACAUCAGGACACACAAACAGUGGGCGAAUCCGACACGGUUCCGCAAGCCAAGUGCAGAAACAGCGCAGCACUGGGAGCUUCAAGCGGCACAGCAUUAAAAAGAUUGUGUGAAGUGUUUGUUACCGACCCUUCCAGUGGUACUGGGCUUCUCACCACCGACCCCCACCAGUCAUGAUGCUGCACUUAAUUUUUUGUUCCCGUCGCGUUUAUAGACAAACUUGACGAUCAACAACUGAAGAACACCCCGCAAUCACUUAUUUUUCUAUAAGCCAGUAUUUUCUGAACAGAGCAAGAAGAAGGUUCCAAUCCACAACAACUCAAGUUCCAAAACAAAGCAGUUUCUUUUUUAUUUAGUUGUUUCUCAAAUCUUAAUUUGGGAGGGAAGGGAAGGGGGAAGAAAAGGCACUGAAUUUCUUAACACUGUAACAGUUGUCAAAAUAUGGAAGCCAUUUAUUGAGGAAACAUUAUGCUACCUUAUUUGCCUUUGAUGAUGAUGAAAAGUGUUUAAAGUGUCUUACUGUUUGUGCACUUUUCAGCGAUCAACAAAAGUGGCUUAAUGGUAGGAAAUAAUCAUGUUUGUAUGUGAUCUUUAUUUUGAGAACUCCCUGUGUUAUCGGGUGGUGGGGGGGUGGGGGAGGGAGCAGACUAAGCUGUAGGUACAAUAAUCAACCACCAUGUUUAAAGCACAUUUAACAAUUCAAAGGUCCAUUGCAGCAAUCAUUAAAAAAUGUACAUAAUUACAUUUAUUUUACUGAUUCCGAAGAUAACAAAGACUUUAAUUAUGUUUUUUUUUACAUUUGUUUACAGUCCUGGAAAAACUAUGAAUUAAAAUGAUAUGCAAGAACUUUGCCAAAAUAAGAAAGUUACUACAAACACAACUUAGUAUUAAAGUCGUGGUAUUCAGCGAAUGUGACGUGCUUAGGGACAAAUUAUGUAGCUGCCAUUACGUCACAAAUUAGUUUUUAAAAGAAAGCGACAAAAUCUUGUGCAAUUAACUAAAGAGUUGAGUGUGGUCUUACGGAAGGUUCCCUGGAAACAACAUCGUUCACAGCCAAAUGCUGAAGCUAUGAGCAUUGAUCAGAAGCUAAAGUUACUCUCUUGGAUUUAGUUUCUAGGUCACAUGCACAUAUACAAAAAAACAAAGGUGUUUCUCUCAGUCAAUGUUAUGCAACAGACCUUACUGAAAGAAGUCCCAGCUGUGUUGGCCACAAUUUUUUUUAAAAAUGCAGUACAUUCAUCUGUAAAUAGUUUUUGUGUAAAAUUUGACAAAGGUAUAUUUACUACACUGUAAAUACAUGUGACGAUAUAUUGUAUUAUUUUGCUUUUUGUAAAGCAGUUAGUUGCUGUACAUGUAUAACAUACAAAAUUUGAUUAUUCUCGUGUCAGUAAUGUUAACUUCUCUCUUCUCUUCCGUUGCAUUUUAUGUCAUUAAAAACGACAAACACAAAACAAAA